UUGAGCCGAUGGCCGCGACGGCCUGGGAGGCGAGCUCGGAUCCGAGCUGCUCCCCGCCCGGCUGCGCGUGCGGCGACCGGGGCCGCUGGGCCGACUCCUCGCUGCUGGGCAAGCGGCUCUCGGAGGACUCGGGCCGCCACCAGCUGCUGCAGAAGUGGGCGAGCAUGUGGAGCAGCGUGAGCCGCGACUCCUCGGACGGGGGCGACGGCGAGAGGCCGCGGCGGCGGGAGGCGGCGGCCGCGCCCGCGGAGACGACGGCGGCGGCGGCGGCGGCGGCGGAGGAGGAGGAGGAGGCGGAGAGGCCGCUGGUGUUCCUGUGCGGCGGCUGCCGGCGGCCGCUGGGCGACUCGCUGAGCUGGGUGGCGAGCCAGGAGGACAGUAACUGCAUCCUGUUGCGCAGUGUUUCCACUAAUGUAUCUGUGAACAAGGAACAGAUAUUAUCCAAACGUAAAAAUGAAAAUGGCUGCAUUCUGGAGGCUCUGUACUGCACGGGGUGCUCCCUCAGCCUUGGCUUCGUCUACAGAUACACACCCAAAGCCCUGGAUUACAAGAGGGACUUGUUCUGCCUCAGUGUUGAAGCCAUCGAAAGUUAUAUUUUAGGCUCCUCUGAAAAGCAAAUUGUGUCAGAAGAUAAAGAGCUUUUUAAUCUUGAAAGCAGAGUUGAAAUAGAGAAAUCUCUUAAAGAGAUGGAGGAUGUUUUGAAAGCAUUAGAGAUGAAGCUGUGGGAGGUUGAAUCGAAGUUGUCCUUCAGCAGCUGCUGCAAGAGCUGAGCUUUGUUCCAUCUAAGAGUCCCUGCGGUGAAAAAGUUCUUGUCAUUUCAUGUCACGGAGAAUUAACUUUCAAAGACUGUGUUCCCUGUAGUCUCUUGUACUGAACCAAUUAGACUUUGGUGUGACUGCUGUAUUUGACAGACAUGAAGUGGAAGGGGUUUCAUUGUGAUAAGAAAUGAAUUUCACCUUUACUACUUUGGGUGAUAUUUAGUAUUGACUAGUAAGAAAAUCUUAGACAUUAUGGGAUUGGAGCGACAGUACAGUGGGUAGGAUGCUUGCUUUCCUUGCACACAGCUGACUCAGAUUCAACCUCUGGCACCCUGUAUGUUCCCUCGCGCACUGCCAGGAGUAAUUCCUGAGUGCAGAGCCAGGAGUAAGGCAUGAACAUCACUGGGUGUGGUCCAAAAAUUGGAAAAGAAAAGAAAAUCUUAGUUUUCCACUCACUGUUUGGAAUCAUGCUCAAAGUUCUCUGGAAAAAGUGGCUAGUUGAAUUCUGUGAGACUAUUUGAAAACCUGCAAAAACAGAAGAUUGUGUAUAUACUGCAGGAUUCCCAUUUGAUCCUGUUUAUUUGCUACUCUAUUCCAAAACAAGUCUGAACAGAUAUGACCAAAGAGAGUCGUUAUCUAGGAGGGCAAAAUUCUGGGAGAGUGGUUUUCUCUAUGACUUAAGCAUUUGUUAUUUUUAUAGUUAUGAACAGAAUAAAGAUGAAAAGUUG